AUAUGAACUAGCCCUAAACCUCAAGUCCAACUGCAAACUGGUACCCCUCCUGAGUUCAGGAAAAACCCUCCAAGUUCAGAAAAAAGUUUGAGGAGAUGGCUGCUGCUGCCUGGGAAACUACAGCACUAGAGUUCUUACAUGGUUCUCACAGUCAAAGUCUCUUUCUGCCAAGAAAUCGGUCUAUAUGGAGGAAUCGUGUUCUUUCGGGUAGGCUUCGCAGUCGAAUCCAUUCGCCAAGAAUAUCGGCUAACUGUAUUUCGUUUCGGCCUUCCUGUCAAGUAAAGGUCAGAGCUUCGGUUUCAGGGGAUGUCAGCAGUGUCGUAGGUGAAGAACCGAGGGAGGUUCAGAUGCCCACUGAGAAGGUUUUACAUUUUUUUCGCAUCCCAUUGAUACAAGAGAGUGCAUUAGCUGAACUUCUGAAGUCGGUUCAGACGAAAGUUUCGAGUAGAAUAGUUGGGUUGAAAACCGAGCAGUGCUUCAAUAUUGGGCUUGAUUCUGGUCUUUCAAGCGAGAAACUUUCAGUUCUUAAAUGGCUUCUUGGUGAAACUUAUGAGCCAGAUAACUUAGGUACUGAGAGCUUUCUUGAUAAGGAAAAGAAGUCAGGGUCGACUAUGGUUGUGAUUGAAGUUGGACCCCGGUUGUCGUUUACGACAGCAUGGUCUGCUAAUGCUGUAUCUGUUUGCCGAGCAUGUGGGUUGACAGAGGUAACUAGAAUAGAAAGAUCAAGGAGGUACUUACUUUACAUCGAGGCUGAAAAUGGUUCAUUGCCAGAUCAACAAGUUAAUGAGUUUGCUGCAAUGGUGCAUGAUAGGAUGACUGAGUGUGUGUAUUCCCAUAAGCUCACAUCCUUUGAAACGAGUGUGGUCCCUGAGGAAGUUCGAUCUGUGCCAGUUGUGGAGAGGGGACGCGAGGCGCUGGAGGAGAUUAAUCUGAAAAUGGGGUUGGCGUUUGACGAACAAGAUUUGGAGUAUUACACUAAGCUUUUCAGAGAUGACAUCAAGCGAAACCCUACAACCGUUGAGCUCUUUGAUAUUGCACAGUCCAACAGCGAGCACAGUCGGCACUGGUUUUUUACUGGGAAAAUUGUUGUUGACGGUCAACCGAUGGGUAGGACUCUAAUGGAGAUUGUCAAGAGCACUUUGCAAGCAAAUCCUAGUAAUUCCGUUAUCGGGUUCAAAGAUAACUCAAGUGCAAUUAAGGGUUUUAUGGUGAAGCAGUUGCGACCAGUUCAGCCUGGCUUGACCUGUCCACUGAACACAAGCCCUCGCGAUCUUGAUAUCUUAUUUACGGCGGAGACCCACAAUUUUCCGUGCGCAGUGGCUCCUUACCCUGGUGCUGAGACUGGUGCUGGAGGUCGCAUCAGAGAUACUCACGCGACUGGAAGGGGGUCUUUUGUUGUUGCAUCUACGGCUGGUUAUUGUGUUGGGAAUCUUAAUAUGGAGGGGUCUUAUGCGCCGUGGGAAGAUCCAUCAUUCUCGUACCCAUCGAAUUUGGCUUCUCCUUUGCAGAUCCUCAUUGAUGCGAGCAACGGUGCAUCUGACUAUGGGAACAAAUUUGGAGAGCCCGUGAUUCAGGGUUACACAAGAGGUUUUGGAAUGAGGCUUCCAAACGGGGAAAGGCGAGAAUGGUUGAAGCCCAUCAUGUUUAGUGGAGGAAUUGGUAUGAUUGACGACAUCCAUAUAUCAAAAGGAGAGCCUGACAUUGGAAUGCUAGUUGUAAAGAUUGGAGGGCCUGCAUAUCGUAUAGGAAUGGGAGGUGGUGCUGCAUCAAGCAUGGUCAGUGGCCAGAACGACGCUGAGCUGGAUUUCAAUGCUGUACAGCGUGGGGAUGCAGAGAUGGCACAGAAAUUGUACCGUGUUGUUCGUGCUUGUGUUGAAAUGGGAGAGAAAAAUCCAAUCAUUAGUAUUCAUGAUCAGGGUGCUGGAGGAAACUGUAAUGUCGUUAAGGAAAUAAUAUACCCAGAGGGUGCUGAGAUUGAUAUUCGGGCAGUUGUAGUUGGUGACCACACCAUGUCUGUUUUGGAAAUAUGGGGUGCCGAAUACCAGGAGCAGGAUGCGAUAUUGGUGAACCCUGAAAGCCGUGGACUUUUACAAUCAAUCUGUGACAGAGAAAGAGUCUCCAUGGCUGUUAUUGGGACAAUUAGUGGUGAAGGGCGUGUUGUUUUAGUAGACAGCAAAGUUAUUGAGAGGUGUCGUUCCAAUGGACUCCCUCCACCACCUCCAGCUGUAGAUCUUGAGCUGGAGAAAGUGCUUGGGGACAUGCCUCAGAAAACUUUUCAGUUCCAUCGCGUGGUUCAUACACGGGACCCCCUCGUCAUUGCUCCUGGGAUAACAGUGAUGGAUGCAUUGAAGAGGGUGCUCAGACUUGUUUCUGUUUGUUCAAAACGGUUCUUGACCACCAAGGUUGAUAGGUGCGUAACAGGCCUUGUGGCGCAACAACAAACUGUGGGUCCCUUGCAACUUCCUCUUUCUGAUGUUGCUGUUAUAGCACAAACUUACAGCGAUUUUACUGGAGGUGCUUGUGCAAUUGGAGAGCAGCCAAUCAAAGGCCUUCUGGAUCCAAAAGCAAUGGCUCGACUAGCUGUAGGAGAAGCAGUCACAAAUCUUGUUUGGGCAAAAGUUACCUCGCUUUCUGAUGUUAAAGCUAGUGGGAAUUGGAUGUAUGCUGCCAAACUUGAUGGGGAAGGAGCAGAUAUGUAUGAUGCUGCCAUAGCUCUUUCAGAAACCAUGAUUGAGCUUGGAAUUGCAAUUGAUGGUGGAAAGGACAGUCUUUCAAUGGCAGCCCAUGCAUCAGGGGAGGUGGUCAAGGCUCCUGGAAACCUUGUAAUCAGUGCCUAUGUUACUUGUCCUGAUAUAACCAAAACAGUGACACCAGAUUUGAAGCUUGGAGAUGAUGGUGUGCUGCUUCUCAUUGAUCUGGCAAAAGGAAAACGGCGUCUUGGUGGGUCUGCUCUUGCUCAUGUUUUUGACCAAGUUGGGGAUGAUUGUCCAGAUCUUGAUGAUGUUUCUUAUCUUAAAAAAGUAUUUGAUGGUGUUCAGGAUCUUCUUUCUGAUGAGCUGAUCUCUGCUGGUCAUGAUGUUAGUGAUGGUGGGAUCAUUGUCAACUUACUCGAGAUGGCGUUUGCAGGGAACUGUGGAAUUCGCCUGGACUUCACCUCAGCAGAUAAUAGCCUCUUCCAAAUGCUUUUCGCAGAAGAGCUUGGUGUUGUUCUUGAAAUUAGCAAGAAGAACUUGGACGCAGUAAUGGGAAAACUAGGCAAUGCUGGUAUUUCUGCUGAGAUCAUUGGACAAGUAACUGCUGAACCCCUAAUAGAGUUGACAUUUAAUGGGAUAGGUUAUUUGCAUGAGAAAACUUCCAACCUCAGGGACAUGUGGGAAGAAACCAGUUUUCAGCUUGAAAAGUUCCAAAGGUUGGCAUCUUGUGUGGAUUUAGAAAAGGAAGGGCUGAAGAGUAGGCAUGCACCUUCUUGGGCACUGUCCUUCACUCCAAGUUUUACAGAUGAGAAAUAUAUGACUGUUACUUCAAAGCCGAAAGUAGCUGUGAUUAGGGAAGAGGGUAGCAAUGGGGACAGAGAAAUGUCUGCUGCAUUUUUCGCCGCUGGAUUCGAACCAUGGGAUGUCACUAUGUCUGACCUUCUCAAUGGGGUCAAUUCUCUCCAAGAAUUUCGCGGGGUUGUGUUUGUUGGGGGUUUUAGCUAUGCUGAUGUGCUUGAUUCUGCAAAAGGUUGGUCCGCAUCUAUCCGAUUCAAUAAGCCUCUUCUAAAGCAAUUUGAAGAAUUUUACAAGCGACCAGAUACUUUCAGUCUCGGGGUUUGCAAUGGGUGCCAGCUCAUGGCUCUAUUGGGUUGGGUCCCAGGCCCUGAAGUUGGAGGCGUGUUUGGGGUCGGUGGGGACCCAUCACAACCAAGGUUCGUUCACAAUGAAUCUGGACGGUUUGAAUGUCGGUUCACUAGUGUGACAAUAAAAGACUCCCCAGCUCUAAUGUUCAAAGGAAUGGAAGGAAGUACCCUAGGUGUAUGGGCUGCACAUGGUGAGGGACGGGCCUAUUUUCCUGAUGGGGGUGUCUUGGACAGGGUACUUGGGUCAAACUUGGCGCCUCUGAGAUAUUGUGACGAUGAUGGGAAACCAACUGAAGUCUACCCGUUCAAUCUGAAUGGAUCUCCCUUGGGAAUUGCUGCGAUUUGUUCUCCUGAUGGGAGGCAUCUUGCCUUGAUGCCUCAUCCGGAGCGAUGCUUCUUGAUGUGGCAGUUCCCUUGGUACCCAAAGCACUGGAAUGUGGACAAAAAAGGCCCAAGCCCGUGGUUAAGGAUGUUCCAAAAUGCUAGGGAGUGGUGCUCUUAAGGGGUCUAGUUAAGAGUUCUGAUCAAUCAUGUGCCGGUGUUCUAAUGCACUGUUUCUGGACAGCAGUCUAGCAACUUCAGAGGGAUGAUUUUGUUUUCUCAUUUUAAGCUUUAAUGGCUCUUGGUUUUUUUCGCUUUGGAGGUGGAUUAAAUUUUGGAUCUCGAAAUUAUUUUUGGACAUGCGGUGCUUGAGAAGUGUUUGACAUAAUCAGUCGACUUUAUUUAUUUGCUGAAAAUACAGAAAGAGCUUGGAUUAAGAGAAGAAGAUAGGAUUGUUAAGAAAUACUUGUUGUUUUCAGCAUUUUUGUCCCUUUUUGUUGUUAAACUUGAUAUGAAAUGCUUGCUACCUUAAAGCGUAGUUGAUUGGGGAGAAAUUUCAAUGCUUGUCCUGGAAAUUGUCUUUAUCA